AUGAGUGUAUUUGUAAUUUCCAUGGAAACAUUAAAUGUAACUUAUAGAUUUUUAUAUGGAUUCUGUAUUGUGGAUGAAAUAACAGUUGAAGAAAAUUAUAUCAUUAUGAGUAUUCCUGAUACGGAUAUGGAGAUUGAUAAAGAAAAUGAUUUAUAUAUAGAGGACGAAGAAGGUGGAAUAAGAAUAGAUGAUGAUAUAUAUAUACCACCGCCUCUUAAAGAAAAUAAUAAAAUUGAUAUCAAUGGUCCUAGAUUAAUGAUUACUAAGAUUGUUAAUCAAAAUUUUAAAAGUUAUGGAGGUACACAAGUUAUUGGUCCAUUUCAUCAGUGUUUUUCAGCUAUUGUUGGUCCAAAUGGUAGUGGUAAAAGUAAUGUUAUAGAUUCAAUGUUAUUUGUAUUUGGCUAUAGAGCUUCUAAGAUUCGAUCUAAGAAGAUAUCAGUUUUAAUACAUAAUUCAAGUGAACAUCAAAAUAUUAAUAGCUGUACAGUAUCUGUAUAUUUCCAACAAAUAAUUGAUAAAUUAGAGAUGGAGUAUGAUAUUGUGCCAAAUAGUGAAAUAGUCAUAUCUCGAACUGCAUUUAAAGAUAAUUCAUCAUAUUAUGAACUAAAUAAGAAAAAAGUGCAAUUUAAAGAGAUUGCAAAAAUUUUGAGAUUUUACGGUGUAGAUUUAGAUCAUAAUCGUUUUUUAAUUUUACAGGGAGAAGUGGAACAAAUAGCAAUGAUGAAACCUAAAGCUCAACAUGAAAAUGAUACUGGUAUGCUUGAAUUUUUGGAAGAUAUAAUUGGAACAGUUCGUUACAAAGAACCAUUAGAAAAAUUAUCAAAUAAGAUAGAACUUUUAUCGGAAUAUAGAAUAGAAAAGUUAAAUCGUCUUAAAAUUGUUGAAAAAGAAAGAGCAGCUUUAGAGGAACCUAUGCAAGAAGCUAUUCGAUACUUGCAAUUAGAAAAUACAAUUACAAAAUUACAACAUCAACUUUAUUCUUAUCAAAGAUUUGAAACAACAAAAGAAGUUUCACAACAGGAAAAUAAAAUUACCGAAUUGGAUAAAGAUUUGUCAGAACUUAAAAACAAAAUGAAAGAAAUUCAUAAUGAUAAAGAAGAAAAAAACAAAGUGAUCGCAGAGAAAAAUAAAAUAUGGGAUAACUUACAAAAAGAAAAGGAUGAAAUUACAACAAAAUUUGAUAAAAUACGAAAACACGAUGAGUCACUUCAUGCAGAAUUAGUAGAAACAAAUAAAAGACGAAAAGCUAAUAUUGCAUCUUUAAAAACAGAAAAAUCUAAAUUGGAAGAAUUAUAUAAAGUACCAGAAAAAAAUACAAAAGACAUUCAAGAAUAUGAAAAACUUGUUGAUGAUCGUAUAAAAAAUAAAGAAAAAGAAGAAAUAAUAUUAGAAAAAUUGAUGGUUGAAUUAAGUAAAAAGACUAAACCAUUGUUGGAUCAACGUUCCGUACUUGAAAAUGAAUUGAUAAUUUUAAGAAAGGAUGUUGAUGAAGCCCGAGCAGCGUUUGAUAUUGCUCAAUCCGAAUUGGAACUAUAUAUUUCUAUAGAAUCAACUGAAAAAGAAAAAUUAGAAAAAUUAAAACAUUCUUUAAAAUUAACAACAGAUAAUUUAAUGACGCGAAACGAAGAGUUGCAAAGUUUGAAAAAUAAAAUUUCUCAUAAUGAACAAGAAUUAACAGCGGCGGAAAAAGAAUUGAGAAUAGUGAAAACAAAGGAGAUUGAAAUAACUUCGGAAUUAAAAAAAAUGAAAAUUUCAUUCGAGGAACAAAAAAUCGCUAUGCAAGCAAAUAAAUCAAAAAACAAAAUAAUAGAUAGUUUAAUGAAGGAGAAAAGCGAAGGUAGAAUUCCUGGUAUUUUUGGAAGAUUGGGUGAUCUUGGUGCUAUAGAUGUCAAAUAUGAUAUUGCAGUUUCAACAGCAUGUGGUCCUCUAGAUAACAUUGUAGUAGAUACCGUAACAACUGCACAAAUAUGUAUAACAUUUCUUCGACAAAAUGAUAUUGGGCGUGCAACGUUUAUACCUCUAGAAAAACAACAACGUUUUUUAUCGAGGUGUAAACAAAAGAUACAAACUCCUGAAAAUGUUCCAAGACUUUUUGAUCUUAUACGCGUAGAAGACGAAAGAGUAUUACCGGCAUUUUAUUAUGGAUUACAAGAUACAUUAGUAGCAGAUAAUUUAGAUCAAGCAACACGAAUCGCAUAUGGUCAUAAACGUUUCAGAGUAGUUACAUUAAAAGGUGAAUUAAUCGAAUUAUCGGGCACAAUGAGUGGAGGUGGGAGAACAGUGUUAAGAGGGAGAAUAGGACAACAAAUUUUGAAAAAUGAACUUUCUUCGAUAGAUAUAGAAAUAUUACAAUCAAAUUUGAAUAAAACUUACGAAGAGUGCAAUCAGUUUAAAAUUAGAUCUCAGUCUCUGGAAAAUCAGAUUCAUAAUUUAAACGUAGAUUUAAGGAAUAUGAAAAUUAAUAAGGAAAAAUUAAAUAUUGAAUUGAGAACAUUGGAGGAACAAAAACCUUCAUUGUUGGGGCAAAUUAAAGUUCAAGAAAAAAAAACUGUAAAUUCAGUAUCGAACCCGCAAAAAGUUGAACAAUUAAAAAAUGCGAUGAACACUGCUAAAAAUACUCUGGAAAAAGUGCAAGAAAAUUCAAAAAAUAUCGAAGAUCAAGUAAUUCGGAUUAAUAAAGAAAUAGAAACAUUAUCAGGAAACUCUGUUAAAAGUCAGCAAAAAAAAGUGGCUGAACUAUGUAAAUUAAUUGAUGCGACUAAAGCUGAAAUAUGUAAAUUCCAAGUUGCUAUUAAAACAGCUGAGAGAAAUGUUAAAAAAAUCGAACAACGAAUAGUUUGUUUAGAAAAUGAUAUACAUACUAGUGAAGAAAAGCUUCGUAAUUUUCAAAAGGAAAAACAAGAUUUAGAAGUACAGGGAAAGGAAUAUUUAAAAAAACUUGAUGAACUUACGGAAGCUCUUUCGGAAAGAGAUGAAGCUGUGUCAUCUUUCAAAGAAGAAUUAAAUGAUUUACAGGCUAGAGAGAAUAAAAUAAAGACAAUUAAAAUAGAUCUUGAUCAGAAAUUAGACGAAUAUAAAAAUUUAAUUAAAAAAUUGAAACAAAAAUGUCUAGAUUAUACAAAAAGAAUAAAUGAUUUAAAACUUCAAGUAAUACCCGGUGAAAGUAUCGAAGAAUUGAAAGAAUUAAGAGAAGAGGAACUUAGUGAAUUGGAUGAAAAUGUUCUUAUAGGUAAUUUGCAGAAAAUUAAGAAAAGAUUACCUACCGAAGUUCCGAAUAUGCAACUUAUCGCAGAAUAUAAAGAAAAAGAUGCAUUAUAUUUACAACGUGUUACCGACGUAGAAAAGAUAACGAUUGAACGCAAUAGAAUAAGAGAUAUUUAUGAAACGACAAGACGUCGUAAAAUACAAGAAUUUCUUGCAGGUUUUACUAUUAUUACUGACAAAUUGAAAGAGAUGUAUCAAAUGAUUACGUUAGGAGGUGAUGCUGAAUUAGAAUUGGUCGACUCCUUAGAUCCUUUUAGCGAAGGAAUUGCUUUUAGCGUAAGACCUCCCAAAAAAUCUUGGAAAAAUAUUUGUAAUCUUAGCGGUGGUGAAAAGACAUUGAGUUCUUUAGCUCUUGUAUUUGCAUUACAUCAUUAUAAACCGACUCCUUUAUACUUUAUGGAUGAGAUAGAUGCUGCCUUAGAUUUUAAAAAUGUUUCAAUUGUUGGAAAUUAUAUCAAGGAAAGAACAAAAAAUGCACAAUUUAUAAUUAUAUCUUUAAGAUCUAAUAUGUUUGAACUUGCGGACUAUCUGGUUGGAAUAUAUAAAACAUAUAAUUGUACAAAAAGUGUUACAGUUGAUUUGAAAAAAUAUUAUGAAAAAAAUGGAAUUGCUCCUCCGACACAAAAUACUUUGAAAAGUGGAUAUUGGACACAAGUACAAAAAUUUAAUAAUAUGCAAACAAGUCAACAAAAAGAAAAUUGUAAAACACAAAAACAAAAUGAAAAUAUAACAUUGCCUGAAUUAGGUUUAUGUCCAACACCGGAGAAAAUACCUGAUAAAGAUGAAUGUUCAAAUAGUAAUACAACUAAUACAACUAAUACAACUAAUUGCAAUAGAUCUUUAAAAAAGAAGCUUAAAAUAUAAAAUACGAGAUGUAAGAUAAUGUAUUUCUGUUAAAAUUUUACAUAUGUAAAGAUAUAUUUCUAUAUAGAUAUAUAAAAUAUAAUGUAGAUUGGAAUAAAAUAAAAUUUUAUGUAAGUUUUAA